AUGUCUAAACGACUUCGAAGCCGCUCGAGAUCUCCAUCUCUUGAUCAAGACUCAACAUCAGUAUCCUCAAUCGCAGUGAAUACUACGACUCCCCCUUCUGAGCGCAACAAGCUCAUCGACAGUGGUACCAACAUCCUCCCCGAGGUGAUGCAUUGCUCCUUACCGCCUCACCGCGAAACGCUCUCGUUCACAUCCUACGAGGAUUAUGAGGUCCAUUAUCUUCAAUCCCAUGUCAACCGCUGUUCCGAGUGCAGCAAGAACUUCCCCACUGGUCAUUUGCUCAACAUACACAUCGAGGAGAAUCAUGACCCGCUAGCUGCUGCACGGCGAGCCCGUGGAGACAAGACUUACGGAUGCUUCAUCGAAGAUUGCGAGCGAAAAUGCUCAACCCCACAGAAACGACGGCUACAUCUUAUCGACAAGCACAUGUUUCCCCGGAGUUACAACUUUUACAUUGUCAAUGAUGGCAUCGAUACACAAACAUCUAUGCUGCGACCCAUGAACAGCCACAGACGACGCAUCUCAACGUCAUCUGCUCUGGAGGGCAGGUUGCGGCGCCGAAGCUCGGCGUCUCAAUCAAACCCACCGGCAACAGCUAUCCCUGAAAAGAAAUCACCAAAUGACAUGGACAUUGAUGAGCUGGAAAAGUCUAUGUCUGCUCUGAAGUUCGUGCCUACAAGCGUCACUAGAAAUCGCAACAAGGCGCCUGGCAAAUAG